CACAUAAAUACAGUCUUUGAACCCCUACUCUUUCUCUCUCUUCCGCUCGAAAAUUAGGGUUUUUGAGCUUGCGAAACCCAGAACUUUAUCCCUUUCUUUCUCACUCCUCUAAAAUGGCUAACAACGAUAUCAACAUGUCCACCAUCGCCGCCGCUCUUAAUUCAGCGGAUAAAUCAGCAAUUCUUAACGCUCUUAAGGCUGCUAAGGCUGAGAAUGAAUCAAUUCUUGAGAAGUUACCGCCUAAUGUUCAGAAGCGUGUAGAGGUUCUGAGGCAGAUUCAGAGUGACCAUGAUGAACUUGAGGCAAAGUUCUUCGAGGAGAGAAGAGCACUUGAAGAUAAAUACCAGAAAUUAUACCAACCACUCUACACCAAGAGAUAUGAAAUUGUUAACGGUGUUGUUGAAGUUGAAGGAGUUGUUAGUGAACCAGCAACAGAAGAAGCUGAUAAAGCUGCUGAAGAGAAAGGAGUGCCUAAUUUCUGGGUCACUGCAAUGAAGACUAAUGAAGUGCUGGCUGAAUCAAUCCAGGAGCGUGAUGAAGAGGCUCUCAAAUAUCUUAAAGAUAUAAAAUGGUCUAGGGUUGAAUUGCCCAAGGAUGAUGCUCAAAAGGGUGAAGCCUCAAAGGGAUUCAAGCUUGAAUUUUUCUUUGAUCCUAAUCCUUUUUUUACAAAUUCUGUUUUGACAAAGACAUACUACAUGAUUGAUGAAGAUGAACCUAUUUUGGAGAAAGCCAUCGGGACGGUGAUAGAGUGGUGCCCAGGAAAAUGCCUGACUCAGAAGAUUUUGAAGAAGAAGCCAAAGAAGGGUUCUAAGAAUUCCAAGCCCAUCACAAAAACCGAAGCUGUUGAUAGCUUUUUCAAUUUCUUUAGCCCCCCUGAUGUCCCAGAGGAUGAGGAGGAGAUUGACGAGGAUGCUGCUGAUGAGCUACAGGCCCUUAUGGAACAAGAUUAUGAUGUUGGGUCAACAAUUCGUGACAAAAUCAUUCCCCAUGCUGUUUCAUGGUUUACUGGGGAAGCUGCACAGGAUGAUGACUUUGUGCUAGGUGAGGACGAUGAUAUUGAUGAAGAUGACGAGGAUGAAGAUGAAGAUGAGGACGAAGAUGAGGAUGAAGAUGACGAAGAUGAGGAUGAUGAUGAGGAAGAUGACAAACCCAGCCACCAGAAGAAGAGAGGCGCAAAGGCAUCAGGAGUUGCCCAGCAGUCUGGUGAAAGGCCACCAGAGUGCAAGCAACAGUGAUUUUAUUGUGGGGUGUGUUGAUUGGUGAUGUCAAUGGGGAAGAGCAGCAAAAUUUUGGAUUUAUCUUUUUUUUAUUUUCCUUCAUUUGUUAUUAAGAUUAUCGAAGGAUGCCCAUACAGUUGUAGUUUCUAGUCGUUUCUAUUUUUAUUUUCAUGGAUGAGACAAUCUGAGUAUUAGUUCGCAAAAUGGUGUGUAAUAGGGAAUUUGUCAAAACAAAUAUCUAUAUAUCUUAUAUUGGUGAAGCAUUUGCUCUACCGAGAUUUUGUUUAAGAAACUGUCCUGGGCAACUUUGAUAUGGAGUUAUGUGCUCAGUGAUUCGGUGAAUACAGUUGAUAAUAGCAAACUUAUUUGAUA